AACAACAACAAUAAGAAUGACGAAAGAAAAUACGAAAAGCAUCGCAGACGAUGGACCAUAUUCAGGAUCAUUUUAUGGAUUAGCUGAGGAUAAUGCAAAUCAUGGAAUCUUCUCGUCAAUUCUCAAACGCAAAAAGCGACAACAAGAUAAGCUCUCGGAAGAUGUGAAGAAAAGAUGUGGCCGUGUGGAGUCUUACAAGUCGUGCUGUGACCGUCUUCAUCAAGCUCUCAUGUACAUGCUCGUCGAAAAUGCGGUCACUUCAAAGCAGCUGGUCACCGGAGCAAGAACGGAGCCACACUAUCGCUAUGCCGGACAGUACUUGAAGACUUAUGAAAUCAUUGCAAAUCAGGGAAGAGAUAAGACAAAGUACGAAAGUUUGGAGCCAGCUAUUAAAGCGCUCCUUACACUGGAUUCGGAGCAUGAGAAGAAGGUUCGGAAGCAAUUGGAGAAUCUCAAGCCACUUACCAAGUUCAUUGGAGAGGACUACUGGGAGUAUGUCAGAUUGAAGAAAGUCUAUGCGGAAUCUGUGGAUGGAUACGACGAGGCCGUUGUUCUGCAGAACAAGGGAAAAACUGAAGAUGCUGAGACAGCGGCAACAAAUGCUCAGACUUGGAUGAAUGAUUGCCGUACCAAAUUGAUGGAUUUCAUCACCGUCUCGAUCUCCCAGCAAAAGGCAAAGCAUGCUGAUUGUGUGCUCAAGUUCCGCGACGAAUCCGUCUCUUACCAUAAGAUCAUGGCUGAUUCGAUCACGACUCCCGAGCCGGCAGAGGGCAAGAGUGUGGUUAAAACUCUGAAGCAGUGAGGAAAUUGAACUGAAUAAAUUUUUGAAUUG